GAAACAUCCACGCGCCCUCUCGCUGCGGUAACCCGCCGGACGAAAGCUCGACAGCGGCACGGCAGCAGCGGAUGCUGCUAUGGGUGACCAAUGAAUCGUUUUGGUAUGGAAAUGACGCUCCCUGUUUUCUGUUCUGUCGAAGUGACCCUCUUAUGUGGUUGCUGCUAAGCGUCGCACCACGAUGACCAAGUGGACGCCCGUACCGGAUAAAGCAAAAUAUGGAGUGGCAAUCGCCAACUUCACAGAAGAAGGGGUUCAUCGGCUUCGGUUGAACGUCGGUGAUUCAGUGUACAUCUACGAGGAACUUGAAGACUGGUACUAUGGCUGCUGCACCAACAGCAAAACGAAAAAGGGGAUAUUUCCAAAAGCUUACAUUGCUGUCAAGGAGUCCAUUAUUGACAAGACUGGCCCCCAUGAAGUGGUCAUUCCUAAGGAGCCAUCCAUCAUCAAGGAGAUUACGGCUGUUCUUCGUGAAUGGGGCCCCAUCUGGAAACAGCUGUAUCUCACAAAUAGAGCAGAGUUCGAUUCUGUUCGGAACAUGAUGUAUGAGCUGAUGGAUUCCAGGAGGAAAAUUAUGUCUGGAACUCUGCCUGUCGAUGAGCUGAGGGAGCUGAAGCAAAAGGUCACUGCAAAGAUUGAAAUGGGAAUGCGUGAGAUCCUUGACCUCGAUUUGGUUGUUCGACACAGCAGCGGCAAUAUUCUCAAUCCAGACGUCACUAGCACCAGAUUGUACCGUGCACAUGUGGAUGCCACGAAAAGGAUCAAGCAAAUGAAAAGUAUGACGCAGCUAGACAUUGGGUCUCCCAAGGCAUCAAGCCAUUACUGCCACAAUCUGUUUGUUGUGGUGAAAAACUUUGUCUGCCGCAUUGGAGACGAUGCAGAUCUUCUCAUGACACUCUACGAUGCCAAAGAACAGAAGUUUAUUAGUGAGAACUACUAUGUCCAAUGGGCCAGUGGUCUUAUUAAAGACUUAGACCAGCUCAACAACUUAAGAGUGCUUUUCACUGACCUGGGCAGUCGGGACCUGAGUCGUGAACGUGUCAACUUCAUUUGUCAAAUCAUUCGCAUUGGUGCCAUGGAGCUUAAGGAAAAUGAUCACAAAAGGUCGACAUUGUAUUCCAAAAAGGCAUGUGAAUCUGAAGGCAUGCGACGACCUUUUGGUGUUGCUGCCAUGGACAUUACUGACAUCAUCAGUGGCAAGAUUGAGAGUGAUGAAGAGAAGCAGCAUUUUGUCCCCUACAUUCAGUGUGGAGAGCGGGACUUCUUGGACACAGCCAUCAAAAAGGCCCUGGCAGCGAAGGUAACCCAGAAAGAACACAAAGGGCAGGGCCUCUGGAUCUGCCUCAAGUUGCUGCAUGGUGACAGCAAGCAAGUGCGGGAAGAGAACCCGCACCUUGUUUCUGGGACCACAGCUGUAGCACGAAAAAUGGGCUUCCCUGAAGUCAUCCUGCCUGGUGAUGUUCUUAACCCUUCUGGUGCCAGCAUGAACUUGAAAAUUUAAUGGUGUAUGUAAAAGUGAGAGAAAAGUGAC